GAGUUUUUCGCAUGUUUUUGGGUUUUGGUUCUUCGAUUCAUCUAUACUUAUUUUUUAGAAUUUUCCUGUGACUCGUAUUCUUUCCCUACUUGUAUACCAACAUCUGGCGAAGAUGAGCUUCGAUACCAAAGUUCCCCAGGGACUAUUAGGUAGUGAGAUCAAAAGAAAAGAGGUUCCCUUUCGUAAUGUAGAAGAGAAGCCAUCUAUAGCAUUUCAAUCCCCAGACUACGACCCAACCCAAGCUCCAGCGCAUCUGAUGGAUCCCUAUUCCCAAGAAGUAGAUUACCAGGACAACAUAUCCAUCCACCAAACGCUCACCUCUACCCCCUCAUUCCCAAUCUCCAAGCUCGUCAUUCCCACCAAAACAGAUUCCUUAGCCUCCGGCUUUCCUUUUCAUCAACGUCUUUACGAUUACCGUGUCUCUCAUGAUGAAUGGCACCUUUUCACGCACGAAAUUGUCAAGGCAGCUAGUCUUAGUGUGCAGGAGGACUGGGCAGCAUGGACCGCCGGUAUUUCUACCGGUGUAUUGAGUACCGGCCUCCUCGUCUUCGGUGGUCCUUUUGCAGGGUAUUACACCGGAAGAUCGGUGCACAGAAAGAAAGUGCUCGAAAAAGUCAAAGAUGGGUUAAUGCAUGAAGGGAGCUUGAGAGCUACGCUGCAUAAAUGGAAUGAGCAGUCAUUUAGAGGUAAGGGUUUUCAGGCGUGGUUGGAGCUACCCGUUGUCAAGGGAGAGGUCAAUGGAGAUCAUGAGGAGGGAGAAACGAAAAAAAAGCUUAGUAGGAAGGAGAAGAAUUUGAAGAAGAAAGAACAGGGAAGGUUUAGGAUUGUCAUUAUCCCUAACGAUGCGCCGAUGGGUAUGUUAAUGAGUAGCCAACAGUCGACUUGGAGUUUGGCGAAUGUGGAGUCGAAUCAAAGGAGUGGGAUUGCGGAGGCGCCUGAUACUCAACAAACACAGCCAGCGAUCGCGGAACUUCCAUGAUAAUGGGUGAAUCUCAUGAGGUGCUCUGCUAUUUUCUGGUGUUCGUGGGGGUCGAAGGAGUGGUAAUGUCCUAUAUUCACUUUUGUUGUGCUGCAAGCAGGCCGGAAAAGCAGGAUCUCGAAUAAUGGGUGAAUUUUAUGAGGUGCCUUGCUCAUUUGUAUCUUUGGCGUAUCAGUGGUGUAGUAAAUUGGGCUCUUAUUUACCGUAAUUGUGGUACAACAAGCAAUUUCAUAAUCGGUUUCAAAACCAUCAACUCACCCCGCA